CAUUUCCUUCACCUAUCAAACUCAACCAUAGAACAAGAAAAUUUCGAGAGGCUGCAAACAAUGGAUGUGGAUUUUGACCUGACUAUUGCCCGCCGUGAAGCCCAACCCAAACCCCUUUCCAUCCUCAAGGCGCCGCCGAUCGCCGCCUCCUACAACGACAGGAUCCGCCCUCUGCUUGAUGCGGUCGACAAGCUCCGAAACCUCCAGGUCAUGCAGGAGGGCAUCCAACUCCCCACCAUUGUCGUUGUCGGCGACCAGUCCUCCGGCAAGUCGAGCGUCCUCGAGUCUCUCGCUGGCAUCAGCCUGCCGCGGGGGCAGGGCAUCUGCACGCGCGUCCCCCUUAUCAUGCGCCUCCGAGACCGGCGUCAAGACGAAAUCCCCAAGCUCCACCUCGAGUUCAACGGCAAGAUCAUGGAUGUCGAUGAUGAGGACGACAUCUCCGACGCCAUAGUCACCGCGACAGUUGAGAUCGCCGGCUCCGGCAAGGGCAUAUCGAAUGCCCCACUGACUCUGGUCGUCAAGAAAGAUGGCGUCCCGGACUUGACCAUGGUCGACUUGCCUGGAAUCACGAGAGUGCCCGUGCACGGCCAGCCCGAGAACAUCUACGAGCAGAUCUCGGCGAUGAUAAUGGAGUACAUAAGGCCUGAGGAGACCAUCAUCCUCAAUGUCGUGUCCGCGACCGUCGACUUUUCCACUUGCGAGUCCAUAAGGAUGUCACAAAUGGUGGACAAGACUGGCAAGAGGACUCUGGCCGUUGUCACAAAGGCUGAUAAAGCUCCGGAGGGCUUGUUGGAGAAGGUGGCGGCUGAUGAUGUCAAUAUAGGGCUCGGUUAUGUGUGUGUGAGGAACAGGAUUGGAGACGAGUCCUACGAAGAAGCGAGGCUCGAAGAGGCGAAGCUGUUUGACACGCAUCCUCUGCUGUGCAAAAUUGACAAGUCCAUCGUUGGUGUGCCUGUCUUGGCACAAAAGCUGAUGCAGAUUCAAGCCAACAUUAUGGCCAAGUGUUUGCCAGAUAUCGUCAAAAAGAUCAGUGGCAAGCUGAACGCCAAGGUCGCCGAGCUUAAUAGGAUGCCCAAGAAUCUGUACUCAGUCGCAGAGGCCGUGACGGCCUUCAUGCAGAUCAUGGGGUCGGCGAAGGAGUCGCUGGGGAAAGUCCUGCUGAAAGGCGAGUUCGACGAGUACCUGGACGAGAAGAAGAUGCACUGCACGGCCAGGCUGGUGGAGAUGCUAAACGAAUACUACGCUGAGCUCCAAAACUGCCCCGAGAACGACCCACGGACUAACUUCUUGUCGGAGGAACUGAAGGUCUUGGAAGAGGCCAAAAGGAUCCGGCUCCCAAACUUCAUUGCUCACACCGCCUUUCUCACCCUUUUGCAGCGGAAGGUGAAGGCGGUAUCGAGCAAGCCACUGAGUUUCGGGGUUCGUGCUUGGGACUACAUUGAGGAGGUUGUAAUUCGGGAGUUGAUGCGACACUCAGAGAAUUAUCCUCAACUGCAGUAUCGGACAAAAAGAGCAGCGUCCAAUCUGAUCAACAAGAUGAGGGAGAUGACGAGGAAUAGGAUGAUGGAGAUUGUUGAAAUGGAGAAGCUCACUGACUACACUUGCAACCCUGAGUACCAGUUGGAGUGGAGCAAACUGAUGACCCAGCAGUACCACUUUAUGCAGGUGAUCAACGACUAUAAGUCCACCAACAUGGUCCUCGAAGGGAUCGGGCAGGUGGACGUGCGCCAUCUGAGGAAUGACAACCAGCUGGUUCAGGAGGCGUUCGAUCUGAAGAUGAGGAUGACCGCAUACUGGAAGAUCGUGCUGAGGAGGUUCGUGGACUCGAUGGCACUGCACCUGCCGUUCUGCGUGCACAACUUGGUGAACAGGGAUAUGGUGAAGGAGAUUGUGGGCGAGCUGAUCGGGCCCAAUGGCGGCGGCAGCAUCGAGAGGAUGCUGGAGGAAGCGCCGUCAGCGGCAGCCAAGCGCGAGAACCUGAGCAUGAGCAUCAAGCUGUUGAGGGAGUCUGCGGAGGUGGUGGCCAAGAUCAUGGACCGGAUUGCUACUGAUGGUGACUACAGGGUUUAGUUAGUCUGUUCUUCUACUGGCCCUUAAUUAAGCUUGUCCCGUGAUGAUGUGUUUCUCUUAUGAGUGUGUUAAUGUUGCUGUUCUAGUAAUCAGCUUUUAAUUGAUGCUUGGACAUCGCUUGAUCAAAAUUUGUGAGUUCAAAUUUGUUGUGUC